AUGAUGCGCUCAAAGGCAUCUCCGAGUACAGUAUGCACUCGCUUCUCGCUUCAAUGGAGGUCAUUCUCAACAAGCCCGCAAGCUCGAGCCCAGAGCAUUCCGCAGCCCCCGCCACAAGCCGGAUAUGCUCGACUCACGAACCGAGGAUUGAUCUCCAUUACCGGUCUUGAUAGUACAACGUUCCUUCAAGGCCUCAUAACACAGAACAUGUUUAUCGCAAACGACCCGAACCGCCGAGUACGACACACGGGCUCCUAUGCCGCGUUUCUAAAUUCCACCGGCCGUAUACUCAACGACGCAUUUAUUUACCCGCUUCCGCAAUCCGAGGGCGCUUCGCCCGAUGAACCGGCGUGGCUGGUGGAGGUCGAUAAGAACGAAGUUCCAAGUCUCCUCAAGCAUCUUAAGAAACAUAAACUGCGCGCGAAAUUGAAGCUUCGGGCUUUGGAGGAGGACGAGCGGACCGUGUGGGCGGCGUGGAAGAACCAUUCCGAGCCGCGCUGGGCCGCGUAUAAUUUAGAGUCGUCGACGUCUUCACCGUUUCCUUCUUCACAGUCGGUUGUUGGUUGUGUGGACACACGCGCACCUGGUUUCGGGACCCGUCUUGUUACACCUGGUUCGGAUGAUUUGAGAACAUAUGUUCCUGACGAGGCGCAGGUUGCAGGUGACGAGGUUGGCUUGGACGGGUAUGCCAUUCGUCGUAUGUUGCAUGGUGUUGCAGAGGGGCAAUCUGAGAUUAUUCGCGAAUCGUCGCUGCCGCUCGAGUCCAACAUGGAUAUGAUGAAGGGUAUUGAUUUCCGCAAGGGCUGCUAUGUUGGUCAAGAGUUGACGAUUCGGACGCACCAUACUGGUGUCGUAAGGAAGCGGAUACUGCCUGUUCAGUUGUAUGAAGGCGCUGCGGACGCUCUGCCCUCUUCGGAUGGGCCGGUUUAUGACCCGUCUGUCAAGCUCUCUCUUCCGCCGUCUGGCUCGAAUAUCUCCAAGGUCAGCGCACGAAGGGGCCGUAGCGCGGGUAAAUUCCUCGGUGGUAUUGGUAACAUCGGACUUGCGCUGUGCCGCUUGGAGAUGAUGACUGAUGUCACACUGACUGGUGAGGGCAGCCAGUUCACUCCAGACCAAGAGUUCAAGGUCUCGUGGAGUGGGCCUGAAGGAAGCGAAGGCCAGGACGGCGAGGUCAAGCUGAAGGCGAUAGUGCCCUCCUGGACCAGAGAGUUUAUCAUGGCAGGUGGCGCCAAAAACAACAACAACCCUAACCGCGAGGGUCGCCGGGCGAAGGACUAUCUUGAGCAGCUAGAGGGGGAAGAGGCUCAACGCUGA